AAGCUUUUUGUAUCUGCGGCGUGGACUUUCUACUGAAAAAACAUUUGCAGAUCCAUAACACCGAAAAUCGAAGAAAACCCAAAAAGUGGAAAAGGCAAGAACACCGCGACAAUAAUCAGAAAACUAAUAUAUACAUCCAGAAGAGUACGGCUAUAAACUUUUUCUCUGCGUUCUUGGAAGUUUAAAUCAAUGGCUAACAACCAAGACCAUCAUUCAUCAUCGACGUCUAAAAGCAAGGCGUCUCCAGGGGCUCCACCGCGCCCAACAAUCUCCCUUCCGCCGCGCCCUUUUGCCGAUGUUUUCUUCAACGGUGGUUGGCCAGGGAGCGGUGCGGGACUCGGCAUGGGCUUCAGCCCCGGACCCAUGACUCUGGUCUCCAGCUUCUUCUCCGAUUCUGAUGACUGCAAGUCCUUCUCUCAGCUCCUCGCCGGAGCCAUGGCGUCUCCGGCUGCCCAACAGAGGCCCGGCUUCCCUCCUCACCCGCCGGAUGACAAGGGCUCCGGGGAAACUAACAUCAGCGCCAGUGCAGGAGAUGGAGCCGGGAGUAGUGGUGACUUCGAGGGUCGGUUGAGGCAGAAUAGACCGACCGGUUUGGUCAUCACGCAGCCACCAUCAAUUUUCACGGAGCCGCCGGGGUUGAACCCCGCGACUCUUCUGGAUUCUCAAGGCUUCAGUUUGUUUUCUCCGGGACCUUUUGGAAUGACCCACCAACAGGCCCUAAUGCAGGUAACUGCCCAGGCAGCACAAGCCAAUUCCAAUAUGCAUGUUCAAGCUGAACAUUCAUCAUCAGUGCCUGCAGCAACUUCGGAGCAUCUUCCAUCUACCACCGUCAAGACAGAUGUAAACCAACAGAUGGCACUCUCUAUUAUAGAUACUAGACUCGCAACAAAGGAAUCAUCAGAUUUAUCUCUUCCUGAACACCGACCACAACCUCCUUCAUUCAGCAUUGAUAAGCCUGCUGAUGAUGGUUACAACUGGCGAAAAUAUGGGCAGAAGCAGGUGAAGGGCAGUGAGUUUCCUCGAAGUUAUUAUAAAUGCACACAUCCCAGUUGUCCUGUCAAGAAAAAGGUCGAACGUUCUCUUGAUGGUCAAAUAACGGAAAUUAUCUACAAGGGACAGCACAAUCAUCAACCUCCUCAAUCGAAUAAGCGAGCAAAGGAUAAUUCUAGCUCCCAUAAUCAAGGGAAUUCUGAAUUUUCAUCUCGAUCUCAAAGUGACAAUUUCAACAAACCAAAAGAAGGGGCAUCUGUUUAUUCAAUGUCUCAAAAGGACCAAGAAUUGACCCAUCCUACACCUGAACAUGUAUCUUGUACAAGUGACAGUGAGGAUGUGGGUGAUGCUGAAGCUGGUACAGAUGUAAAAGAUGAAGAUGAGCCUGACCCAAAGAGACGAAGUAUGGAGAGCAGGGUUAUAGAACCAGCAUCUUCACAUAGGACUGUCACAGAGCCUCGGAUCAUUGUGCAGACAACCAGUGAAGUCGACCUUUUAGAUGAUGGCUAUAAAUGGCGUAAGUAUGGCCAGAAAGUUGUCAAAGGCAAUCCAUACCCAAGGAGCUACUAUAAAUGCACAACCCCAGGCUGCAAUGUUCGCAAGCAUGUGGAAAGAGCUUCGACAGACGCCAGAGCUGUCAUAACAACAUAUGAGGGCAAACAUAAUCAUGAAGUACCUACUGCUAAAUCUAGCAGCCAUAACACAGCUAGUAGUAAUGCAUCACAAUUAAAACCCCUGAAUGUAGUAGGUGAGAAGCUUGCCUUAACUAACAGUAAUCAACAGCCUGUAGCACGUUUACGACUGAAGGAAGAGCAGAUAACAUAGUUUCUGGAACUUGGAAUCAGGGUCAGAGCAUGAUUAUAUACAUGACAUUAUUUUAUGAAAAUUAGAUCAGAUGUAUAAGUUAUCUUUGCUAUGUAUCUCCAUUUUUUUGGUAUAUAUCUCUCUGUUUUCACACUUGAGGCUGCUGUUUUGAUCAAGGCCAUCUACUAAAUUGUUGAUAGACAGAAGUAAAGAUAAAAGAGAGAUCAAAGGAACCUUGCUUGGAUGGAGGUAUAGAAGGAGAUGAUGUUGUAUGUAAAACUAAUUUAGCCAGCAAAACGUUGUGUUGAAAUUCUAUCUGUUGUGCAUUCUUUUUGUACAUGGAGAAAUACAAAGUAAUAUUGUUUCAAGAAAAUGUUUUCGUAAGUGAUGUAAAUUUUUUCA